AUGAUGUAUCAUACCACAUUAAACAAUCGUAUCAAGGCUUUAACUAAUAAUUAUAUAUAUAUCAAUAGAAAUAACAUUUCAUAUUCUUUAAUAUGUCCGAUAUGUUUGGAUCCUCUAAUUGAUCCACAAACACAUGUUUUAUGUGAAAAUUCAUUUUGUAAUCGUUGUAUAACAAAAUUAAGAUAUUGUCCAUGUUGUCAAACAACGAUUAUAGAGUUCAAUGAUCUUAUAAUCACUGGUGAUGUUAUAAGAAAUGCUCUUGAUGAACUUCAAAUUCAAUGUAAUAUAUGUAAACAUGUCUUACGUCGUAGUGAUUUUAACCUUCAUAUUCAAAAUAAUUGUCUUCAGCUACCGUCAAUGACAUUUGAAGAAGAAAAUAAAAAUGAAAACUAUAUGGAAAAACAUUUAUCAAAUAUGUAUCGUCGUGUACAUAAAUCAGAAAGUGAUUUCUAUGAAUUGAAAAAAAUGAUAUUGUUAUUUUUAUUUGUUCUAUCAAUUAUUGGAAUAAUACUUCUUUUAAAUACUAUUUUGUUAUAUAUAAUUAAUUUAAUUAUAUCAGUUAUUUUUCCAAAACGGUUAUCAUUAUUUAUUCAAGCCAUAUCAAAAUUUUUAUUUCAUUUUCUUCAGUAA